AUGACCGCAUUGAAGAUUCUUGUAUCAAAGCUGAAGAAAACCGACCACUGGAAAAUUUCUCGUCCAGCUGUUCAUGUUUCUGUGAAUGACGAACUAAUCUGGGUGUUGAAGGAGGCAAGAAAUGAUUUACUUCAAGCAGAACAAUUCUUCAACCAGGGCCCUCAGCACGCCGUUAAAUCGAAGCCGGAAAAUUCGGAAAAUCCAGGCAAUCCGAGGUGGGCAGAAAGCAGAUCCAAACAGCUAAGCCAUAGUUUGAACACACGACGUCAAUCGAAAGAUGCAAGCAUAGUUGAUAUUCGGCGUCAACAAGACGAAUUACCAGUGGCUCAGAUCAAACGCAAGGUCUUGGACCUCAUCGACCAACACACCUACAGCAUCAUUGCUGCCGAGACGGGAUCUGGGAAAUCUACCCAAAUCCCCCAAAUGAUCCUGGAUGAUGCAACCGACCAAGGGAUUGGGGGGCAAUGCCAGGUGAUUUGCGUCCAGCCGCGGCGAAUGGCCGCACAGCUUCUGGCGGCGCGAGUCUCUCAUGAAAGAGGAGAAGCCGUUGGUGAUACUGUUGGAUGCGUAACUCGAUAUGAUUAUCGGAAGCCUGCCAAAGCUGAGGGCAGUAUAACAUACUGUACUACCGGUAUCAUGUUGAGCAUCAUACAGAACAGGCCUGAGAUCCUCUCGUCGUUGACCCAUAUCAUGCUUGACGAAGUCCAUGUCCGUGACCUUGAAAUUGAUCUCAUCAUGCUUUUGUUAAAGCGCUAUGUUGAUCAAUGCCGAUUGAAUGGUGCUCGUGCACCCAAAAUCGUGAUCUUAAGCGCCACUAUAGAUCUUGACUUGUUUUCCUCAUAUUUCACCAACAUUGGGCUCAAUGGAGAAAGGAUUCCUGCACCGCAUAUCUCCAUCCCGGGGCGUCAAUACGAGGUCAAUAAGCAUCAUCUUGACGACGUACUUGAUGAUAUGGCAGCCACCUUUGAACCCGCUAUUCUGUCCCGGCUGCUACGUGACCCCGAGACAAAAGAGUUCCUUGAUAAACAUUAUACACGCUUUGGAGAUUCCAAAAACUCCAACACUGUGACUACAAACUCUGCCUUGAAGAAUGUUUCCAACUUGAACCGCGUUCCAGCUCGAAUCGAGGUGGAAGACAAGUUGAUACCUUAUGGCCUGACUGCUGCAUUGAUACUCCACCUUUUGACAACAACCACCUCAGGCGCUAUCCUAGUUUUCCUUCCAGGUCUGCUGCCUAUAAAGAAAUUGGAAGAGCGGAUUUUGGAGUUUACAGCUAUGAAUGAAUUUGAUAUCGACUUUUCAAAUCAAGAUCGGUUCAGGUUAUUGAAGUUGCAUGCGGCGCUGCCCCAUGAAAUGGCCAAGUUAUCACAGCCGUUUCCAGAAUCUUGUCGGAGGGUUUUCCUCUCCACGGAUGUGGCUGAGGCCUCCGUCACUAUCCCCGAUGUGAAGUACGUGAUCGAUUCUGGCAGGGUGAAUAACGUCGUUUACAAUCACACGGGGCGUUCUAGUCGACUGGGAUCCUUCUGGGCUAGCAAGUCUAGUAUCAUUCAGCGAGCUGGCCGAGCUGGUCGAGUUCAGAAUGGGGAGUACUUUUUCUUGGGAAAUAAAACGUCCUUUGAUGAACUUCGGAAAAUGAAGCCUCCGGCUAUUCAUCACACUUCUCUGGAUAGCGUAUGUUUGCGCAUGAAAAGCAUUGCCCCUGAUACUCCCAUCCUUGAUGUCCUGAAAGGGGCGAUUGAGCCUCCUGAGGCCGAUGCAGUUGCGCAGGCUAUCAAACACUUGGUCGAGAAACGGGCUUUGGAUAAGGAUGAAAAUAUAACCGACCUUGGUAUUCUUCUCAAUCACCUUCCCAUAGCCCCAUCAGCCGGCAAGCUAAUCAUCCUUGGUGCUAUUUUUCAAUGCCUGGAACCGAUGCUUAUCUUGGCAGCUUUGGAGGAGAAGAGCCUAUUUCGCCGACCACUUGAUCUUUCAGAUGGUGCGGUCAUUCGAGAGAAACGUCUUGAAUUCGCAGAGCAGAGUCACUCUGACAAUAUCAGUGCGAUCAAUGCGUUCAAGGCUAUCAGGGAUGCUGAACGAGCGAGCAGAGACAGCGCCCGCCAAUAUGCUGAAACCCAGCAUCUUGAUUACCGCUGCUAUGAAUCGGCUCGCGAGUUGGCUAAAGGGCCACUACUGGACUCUCUCAAGAGAAUGAGAAUCAUCGGCAAAUCCACUCCGAACGAUGAUUAUGGUCAAUUGGGCGGCAAAAUCCUCAAUGACAACUCGAACUGCAUUCCUCUCAUCAACGCACUUGUCCUCCACGCCCAAUUUCCCCAAGUUGUCGCCCCAAUAGCGUCCAAAAAAUCAAGCUACUUUAGCAAGAGUGAAGGGUUGAAUCUCCUGGCUUGGAUGAGCGCUGCUUCCAUCAAACCCACGCCUUUAAGCCAGGAUCUACUGACGUACCAGGUGAAGAUUUCUGGUAAUAGACCGGAUUUACCCCCUUUGCUGAGAGGAGCAUCUCUGGUCAGUCCCUUGACAAUGUGUCUCUUUGGAGGACGAAUGAUCUGGAAAGAUGGAAAGUUCCAGAUGGACUCUUGGUUGCCACUAGGGGUUAAAAUGAAAGAUCAAACAUACACCUCAAACGAUGCUGCACGAGCCAUCGUUGAGUUGCAUAAAGCUAUUGAUAAGACAUUGAAAACUGUAUAUGAGGCACUCGUUCAGCAGCUCUAUUCGACGGAAUUAUACGGUACCCACGAGCCGAUGAACGUGAAGCAGAUGGUAAGAUUGUGGGGUUUGCAAAAGAAAUUGCAGAAAGCUGUCCUGGCAACAUUAGAGCAAGAUCAUCACCGCUUUGCCGUUCCUGGCCAAGGAACCUGGGAUGAAAAUGGGCUUGAGUUGGAUGAAGAUGGAUUCAUUCAAGAAGACACCCUAGCCAGGGCAAACAAUAGCGAGUUUGACGGUGAGGCUAAUGUACAAUAA